CAUGGACCAAUUUCCUCCUACUUCUGUUCAGUAGCAAGAAAAAGUAAAAAUCAAGUGAGAUAAAUAAGAAAAGAAAUUAGAAAAAAAAGGAGGGGAGGACGUGUGCAGGGAGGCCCACUACACAGCCAGAGUGUCAGUGAGUGGUGAGUGUGCAAAUGGCUGGUCCCCACUCUUCUCAUCCAAUCCCCUCUCCUCUGCCAAAAUAAACCCCAAAUAAGAAAAAAAUCUUGCAGCACAAGUAAAAAACGGGGAUAUUAUCUAAAUAAAAAAUUAUUCUGCAUACUUUUUAUUCAAUAUAUAAUUAGUUUCAAGUAAAAUAUACUGUUUUGAGAUCUAGGUAUUCAACGGGUAAUGGCUAUCCAAACAAUACUGCAAACGUCUGCUGCUACAGUAGAUGUAUAGAAAUUUUCUCCCCCAAAUAAUACUCUGAUCUGGAUAUUUUUUCUCACCCACCCAAAAGUCACAAACACAAACACACGCCCGACCCCUUCCUCUCCUCUCCUCUUCUCUUCUCCAGACCACCCACUAUAGCUUGGAGCCUUGGACUAGAUCUCUAAAUUCUCCCACAGUUUAUCGCUCCCCAUCUCCCCCUUCCCCCUUCCCCCGACCCCUUCCUCUCCCCUCUCAGAUCUCCCCAUAUCUCCGUGCUGCCUCACUCACUGAAAUCCACUCCACUCUCAAUCCAAAAACCCAAAAGCUUUCAGCUCCACCUCCCUGUUUGCUUUUGACCCCCUAGCUAGCUGCUGCCGGAGCAACCGGAAAAUCCUAGAAAAGGAGCUGGUCAAGAAAGAGUGGAAGAAAGGAGGAUGACGAUGAUGAUAGCGAUAAGUCGCCCCAUCAUCCGCCCCAUCAUUCCGUCUCCUCCGGGCCUUGUGUUCUGGUGAAAGGGCCUCGCCGUCCGUGGUGGUGCGUUGGCCGGGGGAGUCGUCGCUGCGCCGCCACAAUGCCGCAGUACCAGGAGUUGCCCUGCGGCGGGCAGGUGCUCGACAUCGACACGGCGCUCAAGGACGGCAUCCUCGGCGGCGCCCCGGAGCCCGGGGAUGCUGCGGCGGGGGACGCGGGGAAGCUGCCGGUGGAGCUGAGGAAGAUGAUGGACGAGCUGGACGCCGCGGGGGACGGCGGCGGGGACGAGGCGGUGCCGGCGGUGUUCAUCUGCCCGAUCUCGCUGGAGCCCAUGGUGGAUCCGGUGACGCUGUGCACGGGGCAGACGUACGAGCGGGCCAACAUCUCCCGGUGGCUUGCGCUGGGCCACCGGACCUGCCCGACCACGAUGCAGGAGCUCUGGGAUGACGGGCUCACCCCCAACGCCACGCUCCGCCAGCUCAUCGCCGCCUGGUUCUCCCGCCGCUACACCCGAUUCAAGAAGCGCUCCGCCGACUUCCACGGUCGCGCCGCCGAUCUUGUCCAUGGUCUCCGGGGUACGGCGGUCCCCAAAAGGCAGCCCCUCAAGGGCCAGGCCCGCGUCGCCGCGCUCCGGGAGCUGCGCACCCUCGCCGCCACCCAUCAGUCCGUCACCAAGGCCAUCGCCGAGGCCGGCGGCGUGGCCCUGUUGACCUCGCUGCUCGGCCCCUUCACGUCCCACGCCGUGGGGUCCGAGGUGGUCGCCAUUCUUGUCAGCGGCGUGCCGCUCGACGCCGACGCGAAGGCCGCUCUCAUGCAACCGGCGAAGGUGUCGCUCGUGGUGGACAUGCUUAACGAGGGCGCGGCCGACACCAAGAUCAACUGUGUCCGCCUCAUCCGCAUCCUCAUGGAUGAGAAAGGUUUCCGGCCGGAGACGGUGGCGAGCUUGAGCCUCUUGGUCGGUGUCAUGCGCCUAAUCCGAGACAAGCGGCACACGGAUGGUGUGGCUGCAGGGCUCGAGCUGCUGAAUUCGAUAUGUGCAGUGCACUGGCCGGCGAGGUGUAUGAUUGUUAGCAUUGGUGCGGUGUCGCAACUGGUGGAGUUGUUGCCGGAGCUGGCAACGGAGUGCGUUGAGCCGGCCUUGGACAUCUUGGACGCACUCUCUGCAGUCCCAGAGGGCAGGAUGGCCCUGAAGGAUUGCCCUCGGACAAUACCCAAUGCUGUCCGCUUGUUGAUGAGAGUUUCAGAGCCGUGCACGCGGCGGGCGCUGUCCAUGCUGUGGACAGUGUGUCGGAUGGCGCCUGAAGAGUGUGCACCCGCCGCGGUGGAGGCUGGGUUGGCCGCCAAGCUUCUACUGGUCAUCCAAAGUGGUUGUGCACCAGAGCUAAAGCAGAAAGCGUCGGAGCUGCUCAAGCUGUGCAGGCUCAACUACACUGACACCCUCUUCAUCUCCAAGUGCAAGCUCACAAGGACAAUUCAGUGAGGAGAUGGAAGUGGUGCCAUUGUGAUGUGAUUUGAUUCGAUGAUGCGUGAUUUGUCGAUUGACCUUGCUGAAUUGGGACUAAGAAAGAGAUGGAAUUGAAGAAUGGUAAUGGGUACAUAUAGACAACCUUGCAGAAUUUGCUCUAUCAUCUCAUCUGAAGAGAUGAGGGUGGUCGGGUAGAUGGCAAGAUUGGUGGCUACCAUUGUCAAUUUGUCCAGCGACAAGAAGCGGAUAGCAGCAAUGCAGCAUCAGUGCCGGGUUAGAUGGCAAGCGGGCGGGAUGUACAUGCAAAUUGAUGUGAAUUUGAUCAGCUCAAUAAGCACUUGAGGCUGGGUGGUAAGUACAGCCAGUUUUGCCAUUAGCAGUAGGGAAUUAAGCAAAAACCAGCAAAUUUAGGAUUUUUGGCAAUGUGGGUAUGUCAGGGCUGUAGACGUUGAUCCCUUGUAAUUGUUGGUAUAAAACGCCUAGCAUUCUAUACAGAACUGUUGCUUCGA